AUGGCCCCCUCCGCCGUCCCCCAGCAGGACGUCGACCUCACGGCCGCCGCCAUCCAGCGCAAGGAGGCCGCCGCGCCGCACGUGCCGUCCGCCCCCGGCGCCGUGCCCGCCCCCCUCGACGCCUCCCGGCUCACGUACGCGCUGACCGCGUCCCCCCGCCCCGUGCCCGACCACGCCGCCGCCAACGCCGGCGACGAGACCGUCGCCACCGACCACAUGGUCACGGCGGCCUGGACCGCCGCGGCCGGCUGGGCGGCGCCCGCCCUCCACCCCUACGGGCCGCUGGCCCUCAUGCCCACCGCGUCGUGCCUGCACUACGCGACCGAGUGCUUCGAGGGCCUCAAGGUCUUCCGCGGCCACGACGGCCGCCUGCGCCUGUUCCGCCCGGACCGCAACUGCGCCCGCAUGCUCCUGUCCGCCGGGCGCAUCUCGCUGCCGCUCUUCGACCCUCCCGAGCUGCAGAGGCUGCUGGUCGCGCUGCUGGCCGUCGACGGGCCGCGCUGGCUGCCGCGCGACCGCCCCGGCCGCUUCCUCUACCUGCGCCCGACGCUGCUCGGCACCCAGCCCCAGCUGGGCGUGCAGGCGCCGCGCCAGGCCCUGCUGUACGUCAUCGCCACCUUCAUGCCGGACAUGGACGCGCCCCCCGGCGGCAUGCGCCUGCACACCUCGCCCGAGGACAUGGUGCGCGCCUGGGUCGGCGGCUUCGGCUACGCCAAGGUCGGCGCCAACUACGGGCCCUCGCUCAUGGCCACCCAGGACGCCCGCCGCCGCGGCUACCACCAGGUCCUGUGGCUGUACGGGCCGCAGGGCGAGUGCACCGAGGCCGGCGCCUCCAACUUCUUCGUCGUGUGGAAGCGCCGCGGCGACGGCCGGCCCGAGCUCGUCACCGCCCCGCUCGACGACAAGCUGAUCCUCGACGGCGUCACCCGCCGCAGCUGCCUGGACAUUGUGCGCGAGCGCAUGGCCGGCGAGCUGCAAGUCACGGAGCGCAAGUACACCAUCGACGAGCUGCUCGAGGCGGAUGCCGAGGGGCGCAUUCUCGAAGCCUUUGCUGCCGGGACUGCCUACUUUGUCUGCCCCGUGUCGCAAAUCCACCAUCGCGGCAAAGACAUCAACAUCCCCAUGGGGCCUCAAGGCCAACCCGGCCCCGUCACCGCCAAGGUCAAGGGCUGGCUCAGCGACAUCAUGUACGGCCGCGAGCAGCACCACUGGGGUGUCGUCAUUCCCGAAAAGGAGCCAGCAAACUGA